GGACGGAGUUGGCGCCAGUUUCCUCAGAUGUGGACAUUGCCGGCUGCAUGGCCCGCCUGUCCCAGCUAGCUUGAGCCCAGAGGCCUCCCCGGGCACUGUGCUCCUGCUCUGGGCGCUGCAGCUCCAGGCCCCAGGGGAGUGGCAUGUCACAGCGGGAGGCCCGAGGGGUACCAGCCAUGCCAGGAAUGGGCCAUGGCCGCACCAAGGCCAAAGCACGGUCACUGCCAGGCACGGCCAGAAAGAAGAGCCGCCUCAGCAGGACCAGGCAGGACCUAUGGGAAGAGACCAGCUGGAGUGAUCCAAGAUGGAGCCGGGCUGCCCCGAGCCCUCGAGGGAGCAGGGCUAAGGGGCCGGCUCAUGGCAAGAGCGAGGCCAGCCCCGAGAACGCGGCCCGGGAGCGAAGCCGGGUGAGGACCUUGCGCCAGGCUUUCCUGGCCCUGCAGGCAGCUCUGCCUGCGGUGCCACCAGACACCAAGCUCUCCAAGCUGGACGUGCUGGUACUGGCUACCAGCUACAUCGCCCACCUCACCCGCACACUCGGCCAGGAGUUGCCUGGACCUUCCUGGCCACCCUUCCUGCGUGGACUCCGCUACUUGCACCCUCUCAAGAAAUGGCCCAUGCGGUCUCGUCUCUACGCAGGAGGUCUGGAGUGCUCAGGCCUUGACUCCGCCACAGUCAUUGCUUCUGAUCAAAGAACGAGGGAUGCAGAGGUAGAGGCCCACGUCUCUGGAGAGCCAGAUGUUGCCCUUCCCACCAAGUCACUGGUGUCAGCUCUCGGUGACAAAUGACCCUCACAGCCAUCCUGUUCUCCUGGACUGUGACUCUCUCUAACAGACCUGGAUUUCCUACCAGUUCUACCUGCUGUGUCCCCUCUGGCUCAGCCAUUGAACUCCACUCAGGCUCCACACCCAAGGUCCAGCAGGAGGAAGAAGUGAAGCAUGGUGGAGAGUUCCAGGGAGCUCAGGGCGGGCAUCCUAACCCUUGCCACUCAGGAGGAGGUCUCCUGUGGCUCUACUGUGGCAGCUACAGGAAAGUGGGAAAGGAAAGGCUUGCACUGGGUUCAAAGUCAAGUUAGGGCACCACCCCUCCCCUUCCCCCCUCAAGCUCCUACCAACCAGUGCAAGGAGCCAGAAGAAGUAAUUACU